AUGCGGCCUCUCGUUGCCAUCCAGGCAAUCAUUUUUUUCAGCAUCCUGGGGCUGCUUUAUCGCUACUAUGGCCACCACUCUCACUUGUCUGCCGUCACCGGGGCAUACCCGGUGACGGAGAUUGCCAUUCCCCAGACGGUCCACCAGCUUCUCCUGUCGAUGCCCGACCAUCCCAUCUCGCAGUUUGAACCCAGUGAUCACGUGAUUUCAUGGCAGCAGUCCGGCUGGAAAGUCGAGUACUGGAGUGAGGAGGCCUGCCUCGAGCUGGCGCGCGAGGUGGACGCGUCAGGAACCUUUGCAGGCGCAUUUGAGACGCUUCCCUAUGCGGUGCUCAAAUCGGACUUUUGUCGGUAUCUGGUCCUGUUCGGGCGAGGAGGUGUCUACAGCGAUCUUGAUGUCCACCUCGUCCAGCCGCUGCCAUGGACCGUUAUGGGUGCUGAAGACCAGCAUCAUAGUCCCCCGAAUGUGAUUAUUGGACUGGAAGGCGAUGCGACCACAAAAGGUCUCCCUCGCUCGCCGCAGUUCGUCCAGUGGACUAUGGCGUCGACUGCUUUGCACCCCAUGUUCCGGGAUCUACUUACUCGUAUUGCGGAGAGGACGCCAAGUUUUGUGAAACAGGUGCACGCCUUGGAGGGUGAUGCUGAGGUCAACGUUAUGGACUGGACGGGGCCGAGUGUAUGGACCGAUACUGUCCUCGACUACUUGGGUUGCUCGGAGGAGCAAAUACAAAACCUACGCGACUUGAAGGACCCUGUGAGAAUUCGCGACGUGAUGAUCCUUCCUAAGCGAUCAUUUGCGGUCACACAGGGGGAAGAUCACACCUCACCCGAUGUGCUGGUGAAGCACUAUUUUAGUGGCACAUGGAAGGGUUGCAAGAACCACUGGCAUGGGUGGAGCCUACCAUGGCUUUGGAAUACUUACAAUAUGCUUAUUGUACAUCAUCUCCAACGAUCUCAAUCCGAGCGCAUUGUCUGGCUCUGCGAGGAACUGGGCAUUCCCUACCAGCUCAAAACCUACCAGCGCGAUGCAAAAACCCUUUUAGCACCGCCAGAAUUGCAGCAGUUGUACGACUCUCACAUGAAUCAGCAGAUUGAAGUGAAAUUGACUGAUCUUGUCAGACAUCCCACACAAGCCGCCCCCGUCAUCCAAGACGGCACCACCACCCUCGCAGAAUCCGGCGCCAUCGUCGAGUACAUCCUGACCAAAUACGCGAGUGGGAAAUUGACCGUCCCUCCCACAGCAGACAACUACGCCGAUUACCUGUACUUCUUACACUUUGCAAACGGAUACUUCCAGCCCGCGCUGGUGGGGUAUUCCACGGUCCUCCGAUCGGGGAUCUCCCGCGACGAUCCCAGCGCGAGAUUCGCACGGCGCAAUUUCGAGCAGGCGUUAAGGGUCUUGGAUGAUCGACUGGCGAAAAAUACCUGGCUGGCAGGGGAGGAGUUCACGCCGGCGGAUGUGAUGAAUGUGUUUACUUUGACUACUGCGAGGUUGUUCUUCCCGUAUAGUUUGGCGGGGUAUGAGAGGAUUCUGGGCUAUUUGCAGAGGGUUAGCCAGCGGGAGGCGUAUAAGACUGCUAUCGCGAAGGGGGAUCCUGGGUUAAUUCCGUUGAUUAGUGGUGAGAAACCUCGGCCGAUCAGGUUAUAG